AUGGCCGACCACAACUCGCCAAAGGAUGUCAUCGUCUCCAGCGACUUAUUUUCAGAGACCGAGGAUGACUUCGAACAGGAGAUUCGAGCAAGGUGCCACAAACCUCAGGACCCUAUCGAUGUUGCCAUGUACCCUCGCGACUAUCCUAUCAACUCCAUGGCAACACGCCAGUCAACCUGGUUGGAAGACGCGGCUACCUCAGACCCAGAUGUGUAUUUCCGCUACCUCAAACAAAAGAUCCUCGGCCUCCACGCACGGAUGCAGAUGAUGUGGGACGAUGCAUUCGCAAACACAACUCCGGCGGACUAUACCCAUCCACCUCACGUUGGAUCUCAAUCCUCAGCAGCCAACAUUGCACGCGACCUAACCACAUCACCCAAGUGGGAAUGCAUGCAAGCUCUGGUAGGAACCUGUCGCCUACGACGCGAAUCCGGUGGUAACACGCGCCCAAGCCUAUCGACUUCGCCUCCUCACCUCCAUCGCACACGAUAA